AUGGAUAGCACCGAAUUUCGAAAACGUGGCAUGGAAAUGGUCGAAUACAUUUGCAAUUAUUUGGAAACGCUAAAUGACAGACGCGUAACGCCCAGUGUGGAGCCGGGCUAUUUGCGGCAUCUUUUGCCUUCUGAGGCACCGCAUGAGCCAGAAGAUUGGGAUAAAAUCAUGAAUGACGUUGAGGAUAAAAUAAUGCCGGGUGUGACGCACUGGCAGCAUCCAAGAUUUCAUGCCUACUUUCCGGCCGGAAAUUCUUUUCCCUCCAUACUCGGUGAUAUGCUGGGCGAUGGCAUCGGUUGUAUCGGCUUCUCCUGGGCAGCGAGUCCCGCCUGCACGGAGCUGGAGACUAUUGUGCUGGACUGGCUGGGCAAAGCCAUUGGCUUACCCGAUCAUUUCCUGGCACUGAAAGAGGGCAGCACCGGCGGCGGUGUCAUCCAGACGUCCGCCUCGGAGUGUGUGCUGGUCACGAUGUUGGCAGCACGGGCACAGGCAUUGAAGCGUCUCAAGGCUCAGCACCCGUUCGUUGAGGAGGGCCACUUGCUGUCCAAACUGAUGGCCUAUUGCUCCAAAGAGGCGCACAGCUGUGUGGAGAAGGCGGCUAUGAUAUGCUUCGUGAAGCUACGCAUUCUGGAGCCGGAUGAAAACGCCAGCUUGCGCGGCCAGACCAUCGGCGAGGCCAUGGAGGAGGACGAGUUGCAGGGCCUUGUGCCGUUCUUUGUCUCCACCACGCUGGGCACGACCGGAUCCUGUGCUUUCGAUAACUUGCCCGAAAUCGGCCUCGAGCUGCAAAAGUUUCCAUCCGUCUGGUUGCAUGUGGAUGCUGCCUAUGCCGGCAAUAGCUUCAUAUGUCCAGAACUAAAGCCGCUGCUCAAGGGCAUCGAAUUCGCUGACUCAUUCAAUACGAAUCCAAACAAAUGGCUACUGACCAACUUCGACUGCUCAACAUUGUGGGUGCGCGAUCGCAUCCGCCUGACAUCAGCUUUGGUCGUGGACCCCCUGUAUCUCAAGCACGGGUACUCGGAUGCGGCCAUCGACUAUCGUCACUGGGGAGUUCCACUAAGUCGACGUUUUCGUUCGCUAAAAUUGUGGUUUGUACUGCGUUCUUAUGGGAUUUCCGGUCUACAACAUUAUAUACGUCAUCAUAUCAAAUUGGCCAAACGCUUUGAAGAAUUGGUACUCAAAGACAAACGUUUCGAGAUUUGUAAUCAAGUCAAGCUCGGCUUGGUGUGCUUUCGACUCAAGGGCAGCGACAAACUGAAUGAGAAAUUCUUGAGCACUAUCAAUGAAUCGGGUAAACUGCAUAUGGUGCCCGCCAGUGUCAAUGAGCGUUAUAUCAUACGCUUCUGUGCGGUGGCACAAAAUGCCACCGCCGAGGAUAUUGAUUAUGCCUGGGAUACCAUUGUUGACUUCGCCAAUGAGCUGCUGGAGAAGGAGCAGCACGAUGAACUCACAGAAAUCAUCAAUAAAAAGAAACAGGACACAUUGGCGCAGAAGCGAUCGUUCUUUGUGCGGAUGGUCAGCGAUCCGAAAAUCUACAAUCCGGCUAUCAACAAGGCGGGUACGCCAAAGCUCUCGCUAGAUAUUACAUCGCCAGUGGUCAGUCGUGGCAGCAAUCCCAUUAUACGCACACAAAGCUCGGUGGAGCACAACUCAUGGAUAUCCUGGCCCUUGGCCUUUCUCUUCAAUAGCAAUAACGACGAGAAGAGCAGCAACGUGUCCUUGCGCUUCCGACAUCUGGAUACAAAUGUCCGGCCGUCAUCUUCCCGACGAAAUUCUGGGGCCGGGUCAUCUCCGUCUCCGGAGAAUGAGGUGAAUUAUGUAAAUAUGCAGCAGCAGCAGCAGCAGCAACAGCAACAACAACGCUCGCCCCGUAAAUCGCCUAUGUUUAUGCGCAAGCUACCAUCGACGCAGAAUAACCACAACUAAAUUAUAUACUAAACUACAAAGCCAACUCUUGAAAAUACUUAUAAAUACAAUAUAGUUGAACUCUAGACCAAUUUAUGAUAAUAUUAUGACACAUAUAUUGUAGUUUAUGCGUGUACGCUCUAUCUUGCCCCGCCUCCGUAUCUCUCUCAAUAAAUUAAGAAAAGUUAAUUGAAACAAUUCCUCAAUAAUAAA